AUGCUAGGUCAUGGAACUAUGAAGGAACUUCGAGCGCUGCGAGUCUAUUGCUCCCGCCGCCGUGACGACCUGGAAGAGGAUUACGACAAUGGUGACUGGCCACUGGACGAAGAAGUCGCCAAGAAGGAGCAACUCAAGAUGAUGAUGAGCUUCCUCUGCGAUGAGAUGAUUUUAAUGCAACGCAUCUCAAAAUCUUCGGAACACGAUGUCUUCGUAUGGAGAGGUCUGGCUAGGAUCUUGCAUGAACAUGAUCCGGUAGCUCGAGUUGGAGAGCUCGGGUCAUCUGCAACUAGAGAGGAUAGGACGUUGGUCGAGAAUGAGUUCGGUGGAACAGACUCAAAUGCGAGGGGCCGCAAAAUCGAUAUCAUGCACCAACUCUGCCUGGAGGGCAGGAUUAAGCCAAUCGAAAUUAUCGCUUGGGAGGCCAAGUCAGAAGCAGUUGCUGGAGAGGCUCUCCAGUCCCAACUGCACAAGAACAUCAGGAUUAACGCCUCAAUCAUGAACAAUUUGUCCCAGGACAUGAAACGGGACUUUCGAAGGCCCUCGCCAAUGGUACUGGACAUCGUCGGCCCUCGAGCGUUGGUAUACACGGUUCAAAAGAUUGAACCUGGAAUCUUUGGUGCGGGCGCCGUCGGGGAAAAGUUGAUUGAGCUGCCCAUGAACGCCAAUGGAAUAGCCGACUUCAUAACUCCAAGUUUGCUUGUCUCGUUAAGGAAGGAUACCGAAAAGCAUUGA